AUGGCAUCCGAGACUGUGCACGUCGAUAGUGCCACGCACCACGAUGAAAUCGCGCCUGAAGCUCUUGGAAGGCGGAAGAACUACACAAGUCCGCAAUUUAUUGGUACAGUUGUGGCUACAGCUCUCGGAUUAAUGUCGGCGUAUGCUGGAUUCAAUGUUCCCGCCAAUAUCCUCUAUAUCAUCAAUGAGGACCUGCAUGGAGGUGGGAAGGUGCAUUGGGCCCCUGUCAUCUAUACCUUAGGUCUGGCGGUAGCUCUUCCUCUUGUUGGUAGACUCUCCGACAUCUUUGGUCGCCGAUGGUUCUACAUUGGUGGCACCGUCCUUGCCGUGAUCGGGAAUGUGGUAUGUUCCAGAGCCUCUGGAAUAGAUUCUUUCCUUGCCGGUACGGCCAUGAUCGGUUUCGCUAGUGGUGUUCAGGUCUCAUUCAACCUGGUUUUGGGAGAGCUUGUGGCUGCAAAAGACCGUGGACCCUUCAACGCACUAAUUUUCGCUGGUUCGGUGCCAUUCUCCAUUUUUGCUCCCAUGGUUGCUCGAUCAUUUGAGCUCGACACUGAGCAGCAUUGGCGGUGGUGCUAUUACCUCGGCCUGAUUAUCAACACAAUCGGUGUAGGGCUGUGGUUCGUUUUCUACCACCCACCGGAUUAUCGAAUGCUCCAUGUUAGGGGUAGGUCCAAGAGGGAUAUGGUGAAGUCCCUCGAUUGGUUUGGGAUGUUUCUGUUUAUCGCUGGCUUGUCUGUUCUUUUAAUUGGUCUAAAUUGGGGUGGUACAUCCUACCCCUGGGAUUCGGCCCAUGUUCUCGCCACAGUUCUUGUUGGGUUUGCGACCUUGGCUGCAUUCUGUAUCUGGGAAGGCUUCACCACUGCGGAGACCAUCUAUAUUCCGAUGAAACUUUUCCGCAAUAUACCUUACGAUGCAUUAGUGGUCUGCGCUGCGAUCGGGGCAAUGAUUUACUAUUCCUCGAUAGUGAUGUGGCCAACGCUGAUACAGGCUAUAUGGUACCAGAAUGACACUAGGAUGGUGGGAUAUUAUUCGUGCUUUGUUGGUGGUGGGCUUAUCACUGGUCAGAUCCUUGGUGGCCUUGGCCACAAAUAUAUCCCACGAACUAGGAUUCAGAUGGUCGUGUCGUCCUGUGUGAUGGUCGGCUUUAUAGGCGCUAUGGCUUCUUCGACUCCGGAGAGUCUACACAGAUCUUGCGCCUUUAUUUUCCUUGGUACAGUGGGCGCCGGCUAUGUCGAAAGCCUCAGCUUGAGCAGUAUUGCUCUCGUAUGGGACGCCAGUGACUUUGGGUUGGUCGCAUCGGUCAUGGGCUGCAUUCGGACUGCCGCAGGUGCCAUCGCUACAUCAAUUUAUCCCAACAUCCUCACCAAUGAGUUCAAAAAAUACCUUCCUCGGUAUGUUUCGGAGGCAACUCUCAACAAGGGUCUUCCUGCAGAUUCUUUGCCCGCACUCCUCGAGGCUCUCACCACAGGAAACUUUUCCACCGUACCCGGGAUUACACAAGAGAUAAUCGAAGCUGCAACCUACGCAAACAAGCGAGCUUGGGCUCGCAGCUCCGAGACAGUGUUUCUGGUGACCCUUGCUUUCGGUGGAUUAAUGCUCAUAGCAUCAUUAUUCGCUCCAGAUGUAGAGGUGUACCUCACAGAUUUCGUGCCUAGAGCAUUGCAUGGCAUGAGUCGAGGAGAGAAGCAAUCCGAUAGCGAUCUGAGCCCAACACCUCUUGCCCUUAACGACCUUAACGAAACCAACACCAAAUCGUCGUCCUCAGCGAAAGCUAGUCAUAUUGAAGACGAAGAUGUUGCAAUUUUUGUCUAA